AUAUGUUGUCUCAUCUAAGCUAAGGGAAUUCCAUUUCUUCUGGUUUUGUUUAAAAAGAGUGGAAUAACCAAGAAAAAGAAAGGAAGAGAAGGACCUUUGUGGGGGGCGAGAGAGAGAGAGAGAGAGAGAGGAAAGGUGAGAGGAUGAGCAUACCCUCUGUUUUCAUUUAUGUAUAUUCCUCUCAUUAGAUCUUGCUUUCACCCCAAUUUCCAAUCUGUCUCUCCUUCUUUCAAUGGUCUGCAACUAUUCAAUCUUAAUUGAUGAAUCAAGGAUCCAAUGAUUUUAAACUGAAUCCUGCAUUUCCCACUCCGUUUUUGAUCACUCACUGCUUCGAUUCCUGCCUGAUUUUCUGGAUAAGGAUCUCGGAAUUCCGUCCGAUUCUAUUCAUAUUUUAAUCAUGAUCGAAUUGUGUGUUCAAUUUGAGAAAAGAUGGAGGUGGAUCAAGGUAAGCUCUUUAUUGGUGGGAUUUCUUGGGACACGAAUGAGGAUCGUCUUAAAGAAUAUUUCGGAGCAUAUGGGAAAGUGGUAGAGGCAGUGAUCAUGAGAGAUCGAACAACCGGCCGUGCUCGUGGGUUCGGCUUUGUAGUCUUUGCUGACCCUGCAGUUGCUGAGAGAGUGGUGAAGGAAAAGCACAUGAUUGAUGGACGAACUGUUGAAGCUAAGAAAGCUGUUCCAAGGGAUGACCAACACCUGAUAAAUCGAAACAGUGGCAGCAUUCAGGGAUCACCAGGACCUGGACGCACUAAAAAGAUUUUUGUAGGAGGAUUAGCAUCGACCGUCACCGAGAGUGACUUUAAAAAUUACUUUGAUCAGUUUGGCACCAUAAUGGAUGUUGUAGUGAUGUACGACCACAACACUCAAAGGCCUAGAGGUUUUGGAUUUAUAACUUAUGAUUCGGAGGAUGCAGUGGAUAGGGUGUUGCACAAAACUUUUCAUGAACUCAAUGGUAAGAUGGUCGAGGUAAAGCGAGCAGUUCCAAAAGAAUUAUCUCCGGGGCCCAGCAGGGGCCCGCUUGUUGGUUACAACUAUGGUUUUAAUAGAGCCAACAACUUCCUCAACAACUACGCCCAGGGAUAUAAUCUUGGCUCAGUUGGAGGCUAUGGAGUCAGGAUGGACAGUAGAUACAAUCCGGUAACUAGUGGCCGUGCUGGUUUCUCACAUUUUGGUUCUCCUGCUUAUGGAAUGGGUGUGAAUAUGGAGCAAGGUCUGAACGGGGGCUUUGGAGGGGGUUCUAACUUUAGCAGUAACCUAGGUUAUGGUCGUGUACUGAGCCCCUAUUUUGGCAGUAAUCAGAGUAGGUACAAUACCCCUAUUGGUUAUAAUGCAAGUAGCAGCAGAGGUGAUUCUUUUCUCAACUCAUCACCUAGAAACGUAUGGGGAAAUGGUGGCCUUAAUACCUCACCAAAUAAUGCCAGCUCUGGUUCAUAUUUUGGUUCUGGAAGUGGUGGUUUUGGAGUAUUUGGAAACAAUGGAGCAAGCUGGGGCACUUCGCCUAUUGGCGCGCCUCUUGGAGGAAAUUCUUCUGGCUACAAUGGGGGAAAUAUUGGCUAUAGAGGUGGAGAAAACAGUUACUCGCUGGGAGCAGGAGGAUUUGGCAGAAACAGUGGAACUGGUGUAGCGACAACAUCUUCAUUUGCUGCCUCAAGUGGUGAUUAUGAGGGUUCCUAUGGGGACUUCUACCGUAGUGGCUCUGUGUAUGGUGAUCCAACCUGGCAAAGUGCAUCUUCUGAGCUGGAGAAUUCUGGUUCAUUUGGUUAUGGGCUUGGAAAUUCAGAAGAUGUUACUGCUAAAGAUUCUGAGGAUUAUGGGGUGGGCUAUGACAUUCCAAACAGGCAAUCAAGUAGAGGAAUCGCUGCUUAGGAAAUUUCAGAUUCUGGAGAUAAUGUAGGAGAGGAGACUUUAAAAACAUGUGGAUUGUGAAUUUCGUACGUACCCCUCAUAGAUAUAUAUGUUAUAUGUCUCAUCAGCUUAUAAUGAUGUGAUUACACAGAGCUAACAAGGGUCUUGGUCCAAAGUAUACAUAUCAAGAGUGAGCAGUUUCAAGGGUUUUUAUGAAGGCUUUGAGGUUUGAUUUUUAAAUAUAACUUAGGUUCCUUUUAUCAGCAUUUUGAUCGAGACGUAAAUGAGAUUGCGGGAUAAUACUCUCAAAGAUCCAUCUAGCUUUAUUUGUUGUGCGACUCUUCAACUCAAGACGGUACUGCUGGUACGACAUUGGAGAGGUAGAGAUUUAUUUUUGUAUUCUUUUCUUUUCUUUUUUUUUUUCUGUUUUUCGGCUCUAAGUUUCCCCUUUUUCUUUUUUUGUCUGGGAUUUGUAUUUCUCUCAGAUUGUAUGUGAGGGUUCUGUUUGAUUUGCUAGCGUGAAAUACAUAAAGGGAUUAGCUUCCUCUUAGCUUUUCCCUUCAAUAAAAAAUAUUGGAUAUGAUUAUUCAUUUUACUACUGGAGCUUCUGUAUC